AUGGCAGAUAUUGUUAAGUCUAAUAUGCCUGAAGGAAUGAAAGCAUUCGCUAAAGCUGUAAUUGUUGAAGCUUUCCAUAAAUCUACUGACAAUAAUGAAAGAGUUGAUCAUAUUCUAAAGGAUGAUGUUCUUCGUCUGAUCGAUUUUAAACCGCAUGAAGAAUAUUAUUGGAUUGCGAUUGUGUUAGAUCGUGUGAUUACAUUCUUAGCAGAUAAUCGCCUUGAAAUACCAAUUUAA